GAUUCAAAACUACUUCACGACCGUCUCUACAAGGCUGAAGAAGCUUUGAAGGCCCUCUGCCGACGCCAGCUUGACUUGGAGGAGGAAAUAGCCAACAAGUCGCACACGCUUCACAUUGACGAGGUCCAGGUGGCUGGAAUGCGUGACAGCAUCCUGAUUCAGCAGUACUAA